UCGGCGCUCUCCUCGCCCUCGGAUAGCUGCAGCCGCCUGGGGCGCGCUCGGUGGCUCCCGCAGGACGCAGCCAUGGCCACCAAGAUCGACAAAGAGGCUUGCCGAGCGGCGUACAACCUGGUGCGCGACGACGGCUCGGCCGUCAUCUGGGUGACGUUUAAGUACGACGGCUGCACCAUCGUCCCUGGCGAGCAGGGAGCGGAGUAUGAGCGCUUCGUCCAGCAGUGCACAGAUGACGUGCGGUUGUUUGCCUUCGUGCGCUUCACCACGGGAGACGCCAUGAGCAGGAGGUCCAAGUUUGCCCUCAUCACGUGGAUUGGCGAGAAUGUCAGCGGGCUGCAGCGGGCCAAGACCGGCACGGACAAGACGCUGGUGAAGGAGGUGGUCCAGAAUUUCGCAAAAGAGUUUGUGAUCAGUGACCGGAAGGAGCUGGAGGAGGAUUUUAUCAAGAGCGAGCUCAAGAAGGCAGGGGGAGCCAACUAUGACGCCCAGACGGAGUAGCCCUGCCCUCCCAUGCCCCUCGCCUGCGCCACCUGCUGCUCCCAGGGCCUGGGGACCGCCGGUCUCGGCUCCCAGCCCGCCUGCCCACCAGGGAGAAGAGAUGCGAGGAGAGGCAGCGCCCGGCCCCGGCAUCUGCCCCCACUGCCCUGCCUACCCUGCCCACCUCCCAAGCCCUGCUGUGCCCGCCAUGCCCCAUCUCAUGAGCUCAUGUCCCAGCUUCCUUCAACCUCCUUUUCUUCCCCUCUUUCUUCUGUUGGUCCUGAAGAAAAAUCAUUUUAAUGCCAAGGUUGUGCCCCUCAUCAACUGUGAGGGUGCUCCGUGUGAGGCCCAAGCAGCCCCAACACCACCACCAGCACACUGCUCCUGAACCCGGGCCAGUGUCGCCAAGCCUAGUUGUCCUUGGCUGUGGGGGCCGCUGUGCCAGGGCCUGUGCCCACCUCCUGCAGCCUUCGCCAGCACACACGUGUCCCACGAACCAUACCCAGACCCCUUGGGAUUCUCUCCUGGGUCCUCGGCUCUCCUCCAUUCCAGUUGCCUGUGCGCUGCGCUGGGCGGUGAGAAGUUUGGUCCACCCAGCCCAAAGCAAGUGAGAAAAUUUGCCUUAAACCCUGCCUGACAGUGACUUGGUCAUGUGGUCUGAAGCCACCCAUUCCCAUUCUUUCCCUGAAAUCUCAUCAUGGCACAAGCAGGGACAGAGGCGGAGUCCAGGUCUGAUCUGGGGAGCGUUUCAGGGUUCACUUUGGGGGGCUCCCAGGACCCCAGGGACAAAGGCUCCAGGUGAGGGUUGAGAACCCAGCAGAACCAGGGGCUUACUCCAUACUGUCCAAAGGUUGGGCUGCACACUACGGGGCUGGCCCCCUCACUGUGUUUGGGGAACGGUAGCUCCAGCCCCCACAGCAGCUAGGAAAUCUGGGGUUUCAGCCUGGGGUCUGCAAACCAAAGUCCCAAGGCUGCUCUACCGUUACAGAAUGGCACAGUAGGCAUGGUGCCCGCGGAGCCCGUUUCCCAGAGCUCCCUCCCUCCUUCGUCUCCCCUACUCCGCUCCUGCUGGGGAAGAGGUUUGGCCUGCGUUGGGGCUGUGAAGAACAUCUCUGCGCUCAGUUUACAGAAAUAAACAGUUUGCGUUUUUUCAAAAAAA